AAAGGUGAAUCCUUUUUGUUUGUCAAUCUUCUUCUUCUUCUUCCUGAUUUUUCGGUCGGAACACACAAAUUCAGCUCACCAGAAUUCUUCGCUAUAUUUAUUUUACAUUUAACAACUUCUUAAUUUUUAGUAAAAUGUAUAUUCUUAAUCUUACUUACCAGGUGGCAUUUUCACUUUUGUUUAUAUAUUUACUUCAAUUUUUCUAAUAGAAAAAAAGUAAGCAAAUAUUCAUAUGUACUUUUCAGUUUAGUUUUUGGCUAAAUUAAAAAAAAAUAAUUCUACUUUUAAUAAUAACAACUUAACAACUUAACUUAACUUAACUUAACUUGUUCUAUUUCUAAACCAAAAAAAAAUAAACUAAGAUGAAAAGCUUUGAAAAGAUCUGCAUGCAUCCAUGGGAGAUCUUAUUAUAUGAUCAAAACCAAAAUCCUGCAGAAAUUAAAAAUCCAACAAAAAAAAAAAGAAUUUGGAAACAAUUCGAGACCAGCUAGUAAUGGAAAACUAUAAUCAAGAACAUUGUUUGUAAGAAUUCUUAAAUACGGUAGUAGAGAGACUAGAAUAACUAGUAAUAAAGACAUCAUUGGUCCGCAGGAUCUAAGCAAAUAAAAAGAAUUUCUUUUUCACUGUCUUCAACGCAGUGACUCUCUUUCUCUCUCUUUAUUCACACCUCUUGUUACCUUCAAAACCUUCUCUCAAUCUCCUCCAUUAUCCUUCUCUUUUUCUCUCUCCCUGCAACUGGCUCCAUCCCAAAGUGCUUCGUUCUGGUACAGCGACCAUGGCAGUUUUUGUUCUUGUGAUGAUUUUGUUGGCCAUGGCUGGUCACUCAAGUGGGACAUGGUGUGUAUGCAAAGAAGGGUUAAGCGAGGCAAUGCUGCAGAAGACAUUGGACUACGCAUGUGGUGCAGGAGCUGAUUGUGGACCCAUUCACCAGACCGGGCCUUGCUUUAACCCUAACACCGUCAAGUCUCACUGCUCCUACGCCGUCAACAGCUUCUUUCAGAAGAAAGGUCAGUCUCUGGGCACUUGUGACUUUGCUGGCACAGCCACCUUCUCAGCCUCUGAUCCCAGCUACACUACUUGUCCUUUCCCUGCAAGUGCCAGGUACACACCCUUCUUUCUUUCUUCACUUCUUAUUUGUUGUUUUGCAAACAAGAAUUGGCUUUGGUCUUGAGGAUCUUUGCACUCUAGAUCUUUGUUUAAGCUGAUUGAUACAAUCUGAGAGAUGUGUUUGUAUGUUUGUUGUUAUUUACCAUUUAAUGCAGUGGAAGUGGGACAACGACUCCAGUGACGACAACACCUUCGACAAGAGUCCCUACAACAACUAAUACAAGACCCUACACAAUCACACCAUCAACAGGAGGAGGUUUGGGAAUACCGUCUGGUAUUAACCCGGAUUACACAGAUCCAUCCUUUGGAUUCAAACUCCAAAGCCCAAGAUUUGGAUUCAUAGUCUUGUUCACUCUCUUCCUACCCUUUUACUUGUUUAGCUAACUAAGUGAUCAUGUGAGUAGUGUGUGUGGGUCUCAAUCUAAUGUAAUGAUGGAAUCUAUGGAGAUAGAGACAUUUUUUUGUUCCAUCUUUGUCUGUUUUUCCAGCUGUUCCCCACUUGCCUCUGAUAAAAAUUGUACAUUUUGAUUUCAAGUAAGGAGACGGAAAUAUAUUUAUUUAAGGUUACGUUACCUUCACCGG